AUGGCCAGGAUAUGGAUUACAUCCAACGCUAGCUACAAGUUCUGCGGGCUGUCAACCGUCAAGUGUGAGACUGUGCCUGGUGUUGUUGCUGACGGUGAGCUAGCUGCUCUCAGCUUGGCUAAAGACAAAGUCACUGCCCACUUUACUUUCUAUUUGCCUCUUCCGCUCUACUUGAGCCCACACAUAGAACUGAAUAAGCCCUUGUUUGUUGUGAUUGAAUGGCAAAUACACCCCCCCCCCAAAAAAAAACACCGACAUGAAACCACACCCCGAAGACAACUCUUGUUUGCCUUCAGUCAUGGCCGCUAGCAUUUCUUAAUGAGCAUUGAUGAAAACACUUGCAGUUCUCCUUUAAAAGCUGUGAAAACCCAACAAAAACAAUUCAAUGUUUCUGAUAAGAUUUCAGUUUGGCUUGGAUGUGUAUUUUAUGUGGUUGAAAUAGUAUCAGCUUUUAUGAUGCUGAUAAAGAUAGCACCUUUACAGACGGUCCCUAACAGAGCAUUCAUUCUCUCAAGAUGCUGAAAGAAAGAAAAAUAUUUCUCCACUCCUGUUCCCAAGUCAAAAUGUACAUUUGGUGUAUCAUUUUACUGCAAUAAUUGUUUAAUUCUGCAGGAUUUAAUAUUAUAUUAGGCUAUGUGAGAGGUUAUAGACCUACAGUCAGUGUCCAGAUUUCAGUUAGGCCUACUAUUCCAUUAAAUCCAUCUGAACAGUACAGUUUCCUUGACGUGCCAUAUUUGAAGUCCCCGUCUUCUGACUGUCAAAUUUGUAUAGCGCCUCAGAAUCAUCACACAUAACAUAUUUCCCUAACAUUAGGCUACUGUUCUGGCCCUCCCUUCUCUUUAUUUUCAACUCUCCAUUUCACCGCUUUUCUCUUAUUGAAUUAAACUCCAACAGUGGAUCAAUGUUAACCUUUUCUGCCCAAGUUCCCAAAACCAUUUGGCAAUUGGCGUGUAUUUAGCGUGCAUACAGUUAGGCCCUAAAGCUUAGGCUUACGCCCUAACGCCAGAUAAAAAUAAUGAAAGAAAAACCUGAAUGUAGCCUGUAGAUAUGAAUUGCACAAGAGUUAUACAUUUAUGUAUUUUUUAUGUAUUGUGUUUCUUUAUUCAACCCGUCCGCCACCCACCCGCCCUUCAUCCACACAAUAUUUAAUGACCCUAAACCCGCACGCCCUGUGAAUAUAACCGCGGGGACUGCAGGUUAUGAGUCAACCCGCACAUCACUACCACACACACACUCACUCUGUGUGCUGAGUCAAUGUCACUUUGUCUAGUUAUAUCACUAUUGGCAUGUGGAAAACAGAGGAACAAAGCGGAACAAAAACACAUAUACAUAAAAAAAAUAUAAAGACCAAAAAGACAUGUUAGCAUGAGAUCAACACAUGAUUAAUAGAUGCUUCUGUCUAAUAGACCAGGGGCCCCCAAUUACAUUCAGCCUUGGGCCGAUUUUUCGGGGGGCCAGAACAUAGUUAUAAAUCAUUUGGACACUGCAAAUUCACCGCAAGAUUCCCAAACAGAUAUGGUAUUUGACAAAAACAGAAUCAUUUCAAUCCUUGAUUACAUUGGGAUACGAUCACAUAUGCCUCUUGGGAACAGAUUUCCAUUAUUGUUUUGCUCAGAAAACUUGGGGGCCAAAUAAUAUCACACAAGGACCGAAUUUAGCCCGUCAGCCACCUAUUGGGGAACCCUGCAAUAGACUAACAGGGGCAGAGGUUUGCAGUGUCUAUGUGUUCACAGUAGAGCCCUCCAAACCCAUUACGUUGUAGUGAAGGCCAUAGAAUGGCGGACAUCAUCCACUGUCUACAGACCUACCUCACUGAGAUGGAAACACUCAUGCUGCUGCUGCUCUGUCUGCUGUGACUCUGAUGUGCUUUGGCUUAGGCCGCACAAAAAUAGAUGUUUUAUUGUCACACACCAGAUAGGAAGAGGGGAGGGGAGCGGAGGGGAGAGGAGCAGGUGUUGGCAGCACUGAGAGCGUUCCUGAUGUCUCUGCUGGGCUCCAGUCAGUUAUAGUAGUAUAAUGUAUGUAUUGUGGACACACUCAGUGUAACCUUUUGGGGAUGACUCAGGACGGUGGCAUUAUGAAAGCCCCAAUUCACAUGGCAGGCCUAUAGCACAGGUGUGGAAUGGAUGGGGUGGCUGUACUGGUGGGGGGGUAUGAGGGUAAGGGGAUUUUACCAACAUAUAACAUAUGCGUCUGUUUUUGACGCAUUAAUUCCUAGUGGUUAAGGUUAGGGCUAUGGUUUGGGGAAAGCUUAAAACAAAAAUAAAACCACCCAAAAACUAUCUUUUGGUAUUUGUUUAAUGAGUCCAUUGUUGAUAUAGUUCCAAAAUGUUUUCUAUGUCAGCAAUCAAGUUUUCAAGAUAUAUAACUUUAAAAUACAGAAAUGCAUCAUACCGGCUGUAAAUAUAUGUUUUAUUGCCACACACCAGAUAGGUGCAGUGAAAUGUGUUGUUUUACAGCAGGGUUCUUCAAUUCCGGUCCUGGAGGGCCGAAACACUUC